CCGCCGCGAGAGCACGUACGUCGCCCAAGUUUGGGAGCGACGUUGUUCUCGCACGCCCGUCUUGCGUCUUCGAAUACGAUUUUUAAAAAGUUUCCUUAUCUAUGUGAAGUGAACAAUACGAAUUUAUUUGUUUUGUGGGAUGUUUGUGAUUUUAUUGUGCUUUUUCGAAAGUUUUAUUGACACUGCUCUGAUACUUAUUGGAGUCCAUCAAUCAAGCCCCACUCUACGAGGACAAUUGAGACAGACCGCGAACAUCUGUAGCACUUAACAUGUCCAACUAGACUAUUCAGUGUCCAUCUAAGAAUGACAAAUCCGGAGUAAAUUUUAGAAAAGAGGCAGAAAUAAAUCUGUUAUCAAUGAACGACCUAAAUUACAACGCAGGGAUGAGUUCCUACCAGUUUGUGAACUCGCUGGCGUCUUGCUAUGGGAAUCAAGUUCCAGGUCGAACGGGUACACCCGUGGAGCAAUCAGGACACCCUGGCUUACCGACGCCCGGAGCGGACUAUUACAACCCAAAUGCCGCUGCGACGUAUCCUAAUACCUGUUAUUCACCACCGCAAGUUGGUCACCAUUACCCUCAACACCCAUACGCAACACCGGCGGCCGGAGCUCAUAUGCAGCCGCAAACUAUGAUUGAUUACACUCAACUACACCCACAAAGAUUGGGUGGUACAGCGGGACAUGUGCACCAACACUCCAAUCCGAGCCCUGGAGCACUAUCUCCGAACCUAAUGUCGACCCCACCCAGUCAAGCUACCAGCGCUAGUUGUAAAUUCGCCGAUUCGACUUCCACAACAGGGAUAGCUUCGCCACAAGACCUAUCUACAUCUUCAGGUCCAGGAAGAACGUCACCCGGUUUUGGAACUGUUGGCAAUGCUAGUGGCACAACAAGUACUAAGCUUGGUUUGACUACCCCAAUCGCUUCCCCAGUGGAGCACAAAGCGAAUAUAAAUCAAAACAUCUCGAGUCCUGCUUCCAGUACGUCUAGCAACGAAAGCAAUGAAGCAAACAAUUCUAGUUCGAGUAAUACGAAGAACGCAAAAUCAUCCGGCAGCACACAAGCGAAUCCUCCACAGAUUUAUCCGUGGAUGAAACGAGUUCACCUAGGCCAAAGUACAGUGAACGCGAAUGGAGAGACAAAACGCCAGAGGACGUCAUACACCCGGUACCAGACGCUAGAACUCGAGAAAGAGUUCCACUUCAACCGGUACCUGACGCGGAGGAGACGGAUCGAGAUCGCGCACGCGCUCUGCCUCACCGAGCGCCAAAUCAAAAUCUGGUUCCAGAAUCGGCGCAUGAAGUGGAAGAAAGAGCAUAAAAUGGCAUCGAUGAAUAUCGUUCCGUAUCAUAUGAAUCCUUAUGGCCAUCCUUACCAAUUUGACCUUCACCCGAGUCAAUUUGCUCACUUGUCAGCAUAGGAUCAGUGGAAUUUUUCGAAUAGUGGA